GAUGAUAGAUCAACAACCCACAGUUAACUCGCCUGUUGCAAAGAAAUUUGCACGAUUCGCCUCUAGACUUUGUAUUGUUUUCAUUAUCACUGGUAUCCUAACAUUAUGUUUUGGUAUCAGUGUUUAUCUCACACUACGCACAUCAAGAUUUCCAUUCUACAUACCAGGCGCAUCAAUAUUCAUUUCCUUAUGGAUGAUAUUUACAGCUAGUUUGGGUAUACAUGUUUUUUCUGGUACGUCAAGUAACCGACCAUUGAUUCGACAUUUUAACGCUUCUGCAAUGGCAGCUGACAUCCUUGCUUUUGUGGGUGUUGUAGCAUCAAUAGCUGGAUUCAUAAUGUACCUCGAUUGUAGACGUGUAACUAGACGUUUUAGUCCUGAUAAUCAUUACACCUACACGUUGUGGUCUGCAAAUUUUUGUACAAAAAGUCGAGAUUAUGGGGUGGCUGUGUAUGCUAUGCUUUUCCUGCUCCACUUCUUGCAGUGUAUAAUCUCAAUGGCAACCACAGUAUACGGAUUCAAAAUUUCCAGAAUUGAAAAUAUAGGUCAACAAAGGAAUGGCGAGAUUAUUCAAGCUGAACCUCAUCCAACAUUACUACAAACCUACGCGUCGCAAGACCAAUUCCAAAUACCAAAAUUGCAACAAAAUGAAAUUCUUGUUACGGCAAACACUGGUCAGCCAUUUAUACUGAUACCUGUGACAUCAACUUCUCAGCAGUUGCCAAUACAUCUGCCAAUUGAUUCACUAGCAGGCUUUCCACCACCGUACUCCGCAUAUUGAAUCGUUAGCAGGCUUUCCACCACGUACUCCGCAAGUCGAUUUACAAGCAGGGUGUCGGCCACCGGAUAAAUAUCGAAAAUAAUUAGACCAUGUUGAUGUCAAGAAAGUCGUUUCUCGUGAAAGUAGUUUCUCUUGCACUUUAUCCGUGUUGAUUUCAAAGUUACGUUUUCAACUUCACAUGUCUUUAUAUUAGAGGUCUUACUACGCUUUUACACGCAGCUAUAUUGACAUUGGCCGUAUGGUUAAUGUCAGUAUAUGUAGAAACACGAAUAUUAGAAUCCAACUACUCGUU